GGAACAAGAACCAGUGUGCGUUCGUUUUUGGUUGACAUCAACCAAACAAGGAAUGGAUUUGAGAAUGAUAUCAUUCCCAUUCUUUGCAAAAGUGGACAAGGCCAUGGAGUUGAUACAGUAAGCAGCAUUGCCAAUCCUUGCAAGAGAUACAAUUGAGAGCUAGUUGGUUACUUAGCUACCCAGCGGAGACUUCAUCCCAAAGAACGAAUAAGCAAAGAGCGCUCUCAAUCUCUCAAUUCUGAACUUCCAAAAACUGUGGUUCCGUGUCCUGUUCUAUCGUGGCCAUCACUCUCUGCCAGCUGGAAGCAUUUCUCAACACAUUUUCUAUCGUCACUUGAUCAAUAAGACGAUAUGAUGAGAAUAUCCCACAGCAGCAGCGGCAGAACCAGUGAUGACUUCAAUCUCAAAAUGUGGAUCACGAUCUUUGUACCACUGGCAGCCUUAUUGUUGCGGACAGACAUGUGCCAAGCAUUUGUCCCCGUGAAAUACCAUGAUUCCCCAUCCUCCUUUAUCCUACCAACUUUCACCACGAGAUGUUCUCCUCCUUCACGACACUCUCCUGCUAUACAGCUGCACAUGACACCAGCUCAUAUUGCCACGACGGACAAAGUGUUGGCAACCUUUGCGUCGCCCAACGCUGUGAUUCUGGAUGUACGAUCGCAACCCGAAAUUGACACGCAAGGCAUCAUUCAGACGCAUGGACGACCCUGGCUGCAAACCAGCUGUACGCCCAUGGAAUGUCCUUCCUUACGAGGAGCGGCGCAUGUCAUGUUUCCAGAUCCAAAUGUCCCCAUUAUUGUGCACUGUUCCUCUGGCAUGAGAGCGGCCAAAGCCAAGGAAAUACUAGAUGAUAUGGGAUAUCGAAAUGUCAUCAAUGCGGGAGCCUACGAAGAUUUGGGAUAUCUGCAAUUGGCGGCGGACAAGGCACAACCAACCUCAUCAACUACUCAUAACAACAACAAUCCACUGACAGCAACCGGCACCACCACGUCUCCAUCUCCAUCUCCCAGUACCAAAAAGACGGAUGACACGGCUCCAAGACAAAAAAGUGAUUUGCCCAUUGUCGAUGCCUGUACUACAACAACAACUACUGUUCCGGAUGAUCAUACAUGUCCGAGCAUUAGUAGUGAUGAGGAAGCUCCGACCACUACGGAGUUUGUCACCACCGAUACACAGCGCGAUGAGGGAUUUCCAACCAAUGCACAACAGAAUGAUGAGAGGUUUCCAACCACGAAGGCACAACCCAGUGUGGAAGUAACUACAUGCACUACCAUUGGCUCAGACUAUGAUGAUUCAAGUAAUGACGUAUAUGCAACCAAUACACACAGUGAUCAUGGAUUUCCAACCAAGAAUACACAACCCAGUGUGGACGCAGCUACGACCACCACGACCACUACUACUGGCUUUGAUGAUGAUGAUGAUGAUGAUGAUGCGAGUGACAGUCAGUUUGUGUAUGCAACCAAUGCACACCGCGAUGACGAAUUUCCAACCAAUACACACAGUGAUGAGGGAUUUCCAACCAAGAAUUCUCAACAGCCUCCGGUGGCUGGAUGGGGGUGGGGUGACGACUUCUCUGUGCAAGCAGCAGCCAGCACGGAUAGCAUCAUCGAGGGUGCUUCUUCUUCUUAUGCGGAACCCCCAGCUGUUGUGUUGGAUGAUGCGCAUGUGAUCCGUACUGGUGGUGAUGGUUGGGGGUGGGGUUCUUCUUGUGACAAGAACAGCAAUACUAACCUUUUCAUUGACGACGAGAUGAAACACCAUGACACAACGGCUGUCCCCAUGGAACCCAUCUUGGACUGGUCCCAAAUAGGAUCCAAUGGAAAUAAUGCUCAUGCCACCAGCAGCGUUGCAGAGGUGCUUAUGGAUGAGCUCAUUGAUCACAUAAACCUGAGAUAUGAGGAGGAUCCCUUUGCGAUUCCAAAAACAAUACGAGUGGAAUAUGUUGGAGCAAAGCAACCACGACGACGACAACAACAGCAGCAGCAGCAGCAGCAGCAACAGCAGCAGCCCUCGGCUUCCCAAUAUUCCUCACAUGAUGCACGGUACGGAGCCGAACGAUUGGAUCGAAUGACUAUGGACUACGAUACCAUCGACCCUACGGUUGUCCAUGGGGAUGCAAAACCUCUACAACAACACUCGAGCAGCAAUCAAUACACCACCGCCACAUCCAAUGAACCCAUGAUGUUUGUAGAUGAUGAUACAACAACGCUACAACCCACCUAUUACGAUCCAGUUGCAGCUCCGGGACCGAGGUUUGGUGUCAACGCACCCGACAACCCCGAUGAUUUCGUUUUUGAACAGCUCGAACCAUCCAUCUUUGACGAGUCCUAUCAUGGAGAACGGGGCCUGGCCAGUGGAGGAGGAACGAAUGCACCUGAUGAUCCCGACCGGUUCUUUUCUGGCGCAUCGCUGCAGACAGGCUCCAACACGAACAGCAACAACAACAACAACCAUAACUGGUCCAUGUAGCGCGAGUUUUGAAAAGGGGCAAACAAGACCGGCAUUGCUAUAGCUAGGCAUGCCGUGCAAUGCCACUAACCAUCGAAAAGUUGCUCGAUGAUAUAGAUAUCAUAUCAAGCAGCUAGCUAGUUAGGACAAAAUAGUCCCAUCGCCAUGUUGCAUUGGUUUGGUGGAGAAUGAUACGUUUGAGGGCGUCUUGGUUGGAAGCUCCUAUUCAAGAUGCCCUUCCGCCUGAUUACUGCAUGCGAGCCCUUUUUACUUGAUCUCUGCUAUCAUUCAUGCAUGCCUGCAGACACCUCCACAUCCGGAGUGCUGGUGGCAUCUAGAUUCCUGGGUGGCUGACUACGGCUGGCUUUAAAGCAAACACUGCAGGAGAUGAUUGAUUUGAUUCCAAUGUAGCCCCACACGGAGACAGAGCAAGAACAUGGGGCAGAAAAGAUGGGGCAUAGACGAAGGAUUCACGAAAAAGUGCCCUACUGUACCCCGUAGGGCAACACAGUCUAGAUAUUUGAAUGCAAUUUCUAACCGUACCAUCAAUUCGGUUAGUGUCCUUCAUCAAGAGAUCCUGGGCAGUCAUUGUCACGUAGCCACUGGAUCACCUCCAUUUGGUUAAACAUGCGGGCAGUUUGAUAUGUCCCUUCAUUCCAUGGACACCCAUUCUCACGAGCCCACUCUAAAGUUUCUAAAUGUCCACCUGCAGCAGCUUCUUCACAUGUCUGUUCGUCCCAUGGACAACCGUUUUUAUGAGCCCACUUUAGAACUUCCGAAUGUCCAUUUCCAGCAGCAGACCAGCAUGUAUCUGCACUCCAUGGACAGCCAUUCGCAUGAGCCCACUUCAAAAUUUCCAAUUGACCAUUCUCGGCAGCAAUGCAGCAUGUAUCUGCAUUCCAUGGACAACCAUUGUCACGAGCCCAUUGUAAAAUUUCCAAAUUGCCUUGUCGAGCAGCACCAGAGCAUGUCCCUUCAUUCCAUGGACAGUCAUUUUCGCGAGCCCACUGUAUAACUUCCAAAUGCCCAUU